AUGGAUCAUCUGGAUAGUACGGAAACCGAUUGGCACGGUUAUUUUGACCAGUCGGCUGCUCAUAGAAAGCCUAUUCAGAGGUUCGAUGAAUUUGUCACCGUGGACUGGGUACAAGACACACUAAAGACCAACAAGGCCCAAUUCCAUGAGGACAAACAUUUAACAGAGCAGGGAUUGACUAGCAGCAAUACCACGCGCAUAAAUCCGUUUUUGGACAAGCUGCUGAGAUCAUGCGAGUCGUGGAUCGUUUUAACGCUGAUGGGAGUGAUGAUCGGCUUCAUAGCUGCCUCUUUGAGCAUCAUUACCGAAUUUAUGGGAGACAUUAAGACUGGAAGGUGCUCUUCGCAUUUUUACUUAAACAGAUCAUUUUGCUGCUGGGGUGAAGGAGAAGAAGCAAGUUGUAAAGAUUGGGUGCCUUGGUCAUCGUUUGGAUUUUUCAACUAUGUGAUCUUUGUCUUGAUAUCCAUCGCACUGGCAUUGACUGCUGCCAUUCUGGUCAAGCAUUAUGCUCCCUCGGCCGCUGGCUCUGGGAUAUCCGAGAUUAAGUGCAUUGUCUCGGGAUUUGUCAUGGAGAACUUUCUGGGCUGGUGGACCUUAUUGGUGAAAAGCAUUGCUCUUCCUUUAGCAAUCUCUUCGGGGUUGAGUGUGGGUAAAGAAGGACCCAGUGUUCAUUACGCUGCAUGUGUUGGGAAUUGUGUUCCGAGCCUAUUCACAAGAUUCCGGAGGUCUGCAUCUAGUUCGCGUCAAUACCUGACAGCUGCGUCUGCUGCGGGUGUUGCUGUAGCUUUUGCAUCGCCCAUGGGCGGAGUUUUGUUCUCCAUCGAGGAAAUCUCGAGCGUUUUUCAAUUGUCUUCUAUGUGGAAAUCGUAUUUUUGUGCAUUGAUUGCAACAGGAGUCAUGGCAGCAAUGAAUCCCUUCCGAACAGGACAAAUAGUCAUCUUCGAGGUAACUUAUGACCAGAACUGGCACUUGUUUGAGGUUCCGUUCUUCAUCAUCUUGGGAAUCUUCGGUGGUGUAUAUGGCAUUGUUGUUUCUAAGUUAAAUGUCAGGGUUGUUGCUUUUAGACAGAAAUUCCUGAAAAACCAUGCCAUCAGGGAGGUGGUGAUCUUGGCAACGCUUACGGCUAUGAUUGGUUAUUUCAACGAAUUUCUGAGGCUCGAUAUGACCAAGGGAAUGGAAAUCUUGUUUCACGAAUGCGGUGCCGACUGGGAUCAUGAUCUUUGCUCCAAAGAUAAGAAUAAUGUGAAGUUCUUCUUCUCAUUGGCCUUUGCUACGGUAAUGCGCAUGGUGUUGGUGAUAAUAUCCUAUGGCUGUAAAGUCCCUGCUGGAAUUUUUGUGCCUUCAAUGGCAGCAGGUGCUACUUUUGGGAGGGCUUUGGGGCUAAUUGUUGAGUCUUUGGAGUCUCAUUAUCCCGAAAUGGGACUUUUUGAUGUUUGCAAGGCCGAAGGGUCGUCCACGUGUGUAAUUUCGGGAACCUAUGCGUUCCUGGGUGCUGCUGCUGCUUUGAGCGGUAUCACAAAUUUGCAUGCAACAGUGGUCGUGGUGAUGUUUGAACUGACUGGUGCAGUUCGUUACAUUCUACCCACCAUGAUAGUCGUUGGUGUUACUAAGACUAUCGGCGACAGAUGGGGGCAUGGAGGUAUUGCAGACCAAAUGAUCAGGUUCAACGGUCUUCCGUUCAUUGAUGCAAAGGAGGAGCACGAAUUCAACACAUCCGUUUCUCAGGCAAUGUCAAAUGCUGUAGUGGCUAUUCCUGCUCGCGGGCUGAAAUAUAAGGACUUAGAGGCAUUGCUGAUGGAUACCACAUAUGUCUCAUUUCCUAUUGUUGUCUCUGAGCUCAACCCUUCCCAACUGGGCUUUAUAAAUAGGGCUGAUAUCAUCAAAUGUAUCAACGAGGAAAAAGCAUCGGGUGUGGUGAUUGACACCCAUGUGGAAUGUGUAUUUGUGUCCGAGGGAAAACAGCAAUCAUUGACUUCUGAGACUCAAACUUUACCGAAGAAGGACUCGUUUGAACUCGAGAGUGAUGGUGCGGUGAUUUCUUUCGAAAAAUACGUAAACUUGGCUCCAUUGACAGUUCCAUCAUCUACACCUUUGGAGGUUCUACUGAAUAUUUUUCACAAGCUGGGACCCAGAGUCGUGUUCGUGGAAGAUUCGGGACAACUGAGUGGUCUGAUCACAAGGAAAGACAUAGUGAAGUAUGAGCUUUAUUUACAUGACUUGCAUCAUGGUUCACAUGGCGAAAGCGAGUCGUUACAAGGUCAGAGCCUGGACGAUAAAGUAUGGGAUAUCAUUUGCCUUAUUGGUGAACAUGUCUCCCAGCUCAAAGCAAGGAUCUUAGAGAAACUGCCUGCACAAAGAUACCUACGUCUGAGCAACGCAAACUAA